GAAAAAAAACCUAUUUGGCAAUGGUUUAAUGAAGGUGAUGAAAUUAAUAGUUCUCAUUAUUUUGCAAUAUGUAAUUUUUGUAGACAAAAAUUUCCCGGUGAACCUUCAAAAAUGGUUAAACAUUUAAUAGAAAAAUGUAUAGAAAUUCAUCAAAAUGAGCGUAAUAAUAUAAAGAUAUUUUAG